AUGUAAUAAAUCAAUUUAUUUACGAAGUCUAAAGUAGAAACUAAGAAAACAACCUGUGGAGGAAUAUUAGCUUUAAUAACAAUAUUUUCAGUUGGAUUUUUAAUAAUAGGAGAAAUAAUAAGAUCAUUUUCAUUAGAAGUAUUAUCUAUGAUUGAUACUACUAAUCUGGAUGAAAGGAUAAGAGUAAAUUUGAAUAUAACAAUUCAUAAUAUGACAUGUUUUGCAUUAUCCUUAGAUUAAUAAGAUAUUACAGGUACUCAUUUAGAAGAUAUGGAAUAUACAAUACAUAAAUUAAGAAUUAAAAAUGGAAAAUUCAUUAAUAGUAAUUAUGCAGAAAGUGUUAAAUUAUUUGAGUAAUCAUUAUAUGGAUGGAAUUGGUAUAAUGAAAAUGAAGUAAAUGAUUGCUAUGGAGCAUAAUUAUUUGAAGGAUAAAAAUGUAUAACAUGUUAAGAUGUUUUAUUGGCUUAUGCAAGUCGUGAUUGGCCUUUACCAAGAAAGGAAAAUAUUUAAUAAUGCAAAUAUUCGUAUAUUCAAUAAAAUGGAAGAAGAAUGUUAUUUACUUAAGAUUUUGGAGAGGAAAAGAGAAGUUAACAAUAUAUUGAUUUGAAUGAUUUAACAGCUAUGGCAUUUACUUAUGGAGAAUCAUGUUAAAUAUUUGGUCAUUUCUAUAUUAAAAGAAUACCUGGUAAUUUUCAUAUAAGUUUUCAUGGAAAAGGAUAAGCAGUUAGUGUAAAAUAUAGAAUUAUAUAAAUAGUUAAUUUCUUAAGAUAUUUAACUUUCACAUACUAUUAAUUUGUUAGAAUUUACACCCUAAAAGGUAGGACCAACUCUUGGUAAAUAUUUUAAAACUACAAAUACACUUGAUGGAACAUCUCAUUCUUUAGAAUAGAAUGAAGAUACUUAAUAUUAUUUGAAAUUAGUUGAAAGUCAUUAUGAAACAUUAUUUACAGAGGCAGAUUUGUAUACAUUUACAGCUUAUGAAUAAAAGUAAGAUUUUUUAAUGUUAUCUAUAGUCAGAAUGCCUACAAGUGAAAGAUUGCCUUAGGUUAUAUUUAAAUAUGAAUUUGAUCCAAUAACAACUAUUUAUAGAAGCAAAAUAUCAUCUUGGACUUAAUUGAUAGUUGCCAUCUUUGCUGUAAUUGGAGGAGUAUUUUCUACUAGUCAAUACAUUAAUUCUAUUUUAAGUAGAAUCGGGUUGUGAUAUAUUUUUAAAGAAUU